AUAUGAACUUUGAGGACAUGGCCGUUGCCUUCUCCGAGGAUGAGUGGGGGCUCCUUGAUGAGCCUCAGAGACUUCUGUACUGCGAUGUGAUGCUGGAAGUUUUUGCACUGGUGUCAUCUGCAGGUUGUUGGCAUAAAACAGAUGAUGCGGAGGCCUGUUCUGAGCAGAGUGUAUCUGAACAAGAGGAGUCACAGGAUAGUGCUUCUAAGACAGAGCCAGCCACCCAGAGGUCCCAUCUCUGUGGGAGGUGUUUCUCUGUGUUAAAAGGCAUUCUGCACCUGACUGAGUCACAAGCAGCAGACAUUGAGCAGAAAGCCUUCUUCAGGGACACAUGUGUGAGAGACUUCUGUUUCAGUGCAAACCCUCACCUGCAACGGAGGGAAGCCAGCGGAGAGAAGCCCUGGAAAGGAGCUAUGGACAGGGCCUCGUUUGUGACCAGGUGCAGCUUCUUCUCAUCUUGGGUGCCUUCACCCAAUAAGGAGGUUGGGGAAGAUUUCCCAGCCAUCUCAGAGCUUCUCCAGCAUCAGGCCCCUCUCGACACCGAGGAGCCACACAGUGGCAGUGAGAUUUCCCAGGAAUUGCUCAGUGGAGAAAGUCUGCACCAGUGGGGUCAAUGUGACAAAGCUGCCAGCCACACCCAGAAAGUUGUUCCUCAGAGUGUCUGCUCCGGAGAAGUGAAUUAUGAGUGUAACAAAUGUGGGAAAGUUUAUAGACGAAUCUCUAACCUCAUUCGGCAUAGCCGAGUUCACACUGGAAAAAAGCCCUUUGAGUGUACGGAUUGUGGGAAGGCCUUCAAUCAAAGGUCUUACUUCACUAGACACCUCCGAGUUCACAGUGGAGAAACGCCCUAUGAGUGUAGUGAUUGUGGGAAGUCAUUUAGACAGAUCUCUACCCUCAGUCGACACUAUAGAAUUCACACUGGAGAAAAGCCUUUUGAAUGUAGUGAUUGUGGGAAAUCAUUUAGACAAAGCUCUACCCUCAUUCGACACAAGACGGUUCACACUGGUGAGAAACCCUUUGAGUGUAGUGAUUGUGGGAAGUCAUUCGGGCAUAGCAGUUCACUUACUCAACACCAGAGAGUUCACACUGGUGAGAAACCUUAUAAGUGUAGUGAAUGUGGGACGUCAUUCAGGUUCUUGUCUACUCUCACACAUCACCAGAGGGUUCACAGUGGAGAAAAGCUCCAUGAGUGUACUGAUUGUGGGAAGUUGUUUAGAGAAAGUUUUUCCCUAAUUCGACACCACAGAGUUCACACUGGAGAAAAGCCUUAUGAGUGCAGUGAUUGUGGGAAGUCAUUUAGACAAAGCUCCACCCUUAUUCAACACCAGAGAGUUCACACUGGAGAAAGGCCAUAUCAAUGUAGUGAUUGUGGGAAGUCAUUCGGGCAUAGCAGCUCACUUACUCAACACCAGAGAGUUCACACUGGUGAGAAACCUUUUGAGUGUCCUGAAUGUGGGAAGUCAUUCAGGUACUUAACUGCGUUCACACAUCACCAGAGAGUUCACACUGGAGGAAAUCCAUGAGUGUACUGAUUAUGGGAAGUCCUUCAGGCAAAGGUGUACCCUCACUAAACAUAAGAGAGGUCACAUUGGUGAAAAACCUUUUGAACAU